AAACUGUUAUGAUUUUAUAGUGUGGACACCCCCCUGUGGCAUGCCUGUAAAAUUCCUUGUAGUCUUUAAUUCUACUGUGUUAUGGCUCUUUAACAAGGGAGCAUACUGUCCCUUUAAAAAAAAGAAGGGACAAAAGUCACAUCAGGGUGUAACCUGUUCAGCAAAUGACAGUCACACAAAGGGAAUGUGCAACCGAGUUGUGAGCCAAAGGCAGGGUAGAAAGCAGAGAAUGGGAGGAACUGAUUUCUUGGACUGGGUGUUAGUCACAAUUGACAAGUGUGUGUCAGGUGGCUGAGAGAAAGGAAUAUUGAAAAUACUGGGACUGCCACUUUCCCUCCCACAUCUAGAGUGCCUUCUCUGUCCAAAACGGCUCAUUGUUAGGAAAAGGCAGAGUGCAUAAUACUUCCGCCUGCAGAGUCUCUCAUAGAUUUGCAACCUGUGGCCAAAUCUGUAAGGAGGGCAGCAGAGUGCCAGGAGGCCAGCAUCUCCAGGUGUGUGAGUUACUGCCUGUUCAGGUGGGUGAGAGAAAGGGGAAAAGGCAACUUUACAAGUCUCCGUCACCACCACUAUAUCCACAAAUUUGUGGAUUUCUUUGGCUGCCUUUCUGGAGGAGCAGAGAGAAGGAUGAGCAUUUCUUCAGAACCGAAAUCCUUUGAGAAACAAAACAUGAACAGUCUCCAAACGCAAUCAGAAGUCAUAGAGUUGAAUGUUGGUGGGGAGAUGUUCAUGACCACAUUGAGCACCUUGAAGAAACAUCCUGGUUCCAAGUUGGCUGAGAUGUUCGCCAGUGGACAGUCCAAACUGCGGACGGACUCAGAAGGGAGGUACUUCAUUGACCGGCCUGGCACUUAUUUUAAAUACAUUUUGGAAUACCUGCGCAGCAACCAGGUGCCCAAACAAUGUGUCCAGGAUGUGUACAAAGAAGCCCUCUUUUAUGACAUUGAGCCAUUGAUCAAACAGCUGGAGGAUUCGCCUCAGAUCUUUGGUGAGCUUGUGGCCAGAAAACAGUUCCUAGCCCGAGUUCCCAGCUACACUGAGAACAUUGAGCUGAUGAUCCGCAUUGCCAGGGCUGAAGCGGUGGCUGCCCGUCAGUCCAGCGUGAUAGUGUGCGUGGUGAAGACCGAGGAGGAUAUUGCCAGGUGUGUCGACACCCUCAACACUUUGGACACUUGCAAGAAAUCAGUGGUCACAUUUGGUCCCUGGAAGGCAUCACCAAGCAUCUCUGACUUACUGGACAGCAUCAAAAUGGACAUAGAUGCCAAAGGUUACAGGAUUUCUAUCCAGCCCUACAUUAUGGAGAAAGGCUUUCGCUUCAAAUCCAAUGACUUCUUCUACAAAUUUAUCUUCACUUGGUGGUAGCAGAAAGCCAAGAUUUUGGCUUUCUUAAGUGGUCUUUUGAUGUGACACUUUCGAUGUCAAUAUAAUGUCGUCUUCCUAGACACUGUUCUAACUCCACUUGGAAACUGACUUGAUAGGAAGACUUGUCAAAUCUGGGGAACAGAGAUAUCUACACUAUCCAUUUGACUUCCUUUGAGAAAUAUUGUGUUUCUCCUGAGCUACUUAUUCUUCAGACUCUAUCUCUGUUGCAAAAAAUCAUUCUAAGGAGGGGACAAAGUUUUGGUUGCCUGUAUUGCUGCUAGUCCAAAUAUUAAUCAAACAUUAUCAUAAAUACUAUGAUC